AUGGGUAAAAGAAAAUCAUCAACAAGAAAACCAGCUAAAAAAAUAAAACAAACAUUAGAUGUACAAUUUACAUGUUUAUUUUGUAAUCAUGAAAAAUCAGUUAUAUGUCAAUUAGAUAAAAAAAAUUUAUUAGGUGAAUUACAUUGUAAAAUUUGUGGACAAAAUUUUCAAACUUCAAUAAAUAAUUUAAGUCAACCUGUUGAUGUUUAUAGUGAUUGGAUUGAUGCUUGUGAAGAUUUAGCUGAAGAAGAAAAUCAAAAUGGUGGUGGUGGUGGUAUUGAUGAUGAUGGGGAGGGACAAGGUGAGGUUUAUUCUGAUGAUGAUGAUGGAAAUAAUGGUGAAGGUGGGUUUAAAGGAAAGGAUCCUAUACUAGAUUCUGAUGAAGAAGAUUACUAA